AUGCCCUCUUGGAUUCUCCCUGGGCGCGAAAAUGACCCAGUGAUGCGGUAUAAAACGAUCCUGGAGACAUCAUUCGCGUACUCGCGCACCUUCAAUCCUAGGAAUAUCGAGUAUUACUGGUACUCGCUGUGGGCUCAAACCCUAUCCGACCUAGUGGCAGACAUGUCAAAUUUGAUUGUCGUUCCUCAAUUCCCUGUUUGGUUUGUGCCGGAAGAUGAUGACCACGAGGAUGAAGAAGAUGGCGAUGAUCCUGAGGAGAUAGUACGAAAAGAUCCGGAUUCGAAAGAGAUGGAAGCUUCACCAAGGCAAGCCGACGGCGACGAUGAAGAAGAGGGAGGGGGUGGGGCGGGAAAUGUUUCUGUCGCAUUCACCAUCCCAGAGAAAGAUGCUGAGGGCGUCAUUGUGGAUUUUGCGAUUGUCCAUCUCAAGGCGGUGGCUCAGCCACAGCCUAAGUAUAGGAUUCGCUACGGAGGGUGGAGGAUUACUGAGGCGAACAUUGGCCUUCUCGUCGAAGUGAAACGGUUCGUGAGCAGGAGUCUGACAGGUCAGGAACUGCAUGAUCGGAUCCAUGUACGGGUUGCAGAAGCUACCAUCGACCUCGUCGAGCAAGCAGCACACCUCUUUAUCCAGGAUGAGAACAUGAAUUCCGUGCUGGCCCUGGCAGCUGCAGGUCCAUAUUGGUGCAGCGUCAAAAUUUACCGUAACAACGUCAAGAAGGCUAUGCACCUUAUCAGAGCAAAGGACCCGAGUUAUCGCCCCAAGGAACAUCCCUCUGACCCGAAGCUGAAUUGGAAUGUAAUUCUUCGCGUUGAUCUCGCACGCUCUAGAGACCGGUUACAUACAAUUUACAACGCUUUAAAGGAAAUGAGUGUUUUAGAAAUACCUGCGGGUGUUUGA